UCGGCAGAUUCUGCAUGUAGGCACGAACUUGCUUGGUUGGCUUCGAUCGAGACUCAGGCCGAACAGGCUGUGCAUCACCUAUUCCUUGCUUCAGAAUCAACUCACUGCCAGAUAACCCAACGAAAUGUGUCGCAGUCCAACCUUAUGCCCAAAAGAAUUGGGGGCGGCGAAGACCUUAAUGAUACAUCCAAAAAGCAGAAAGAGUUGAAAGAAAUUUCUCCUCUUGCUUGUUUGGCCCUACUGGACCGACUUGAGGCUGCAACGAAACACCGUAGUGAGCCUUUGUCGCAGACCCAAUUUGCACAGCUACGUCUAAAGUUGGAUGAAAAUUCCGUUAGAUCAGGAGAAGAGAAGGUACGAUAUAUUCACGUGUUAUCCUUUAUUAGCUAUAACUAA